UGAAUGUGUUUAUUUGAUUUAUUAUGAACAACGCUCAAUUGAUAAAAACAUUGGCGAAAAAACGUACAGCUAAUUUCCGCGAAGACGAAACAAGAUUAUUAAUUUCAUUAUGGGGAAGUCCACAAAUACAAAACAAAUUAAAUUUAACACACCGGAAAGCACCGGUGAUGCGUUUAAUUGCAGCUAAUAUGCAACAACGUGGAUUUUAUCGUAGCCCUGACGAAAUUAAAACACGUAUACGAAAUUUAAAAUGCUUAUAUCAUCGAAUUAAACGUACAAUUACAUCCGGUUCUGGUAUUGGUACUGUUGAUCCUGAUUGGCCACAUUUUAAAGCAAUGGAUGCUAUAUUGGGUGAUUCUAGUAGCCAAAGCAGUAAAACAACGAAUGGACCGAGUAAUGGAAUUAAACCAGAUUUGGAUGGAAAUGUUGAUACACAUUUUGAAAUUAAGCAAGAAAUUGAUAUAAACGAUGACUUAGAAUCAUGGAAUGGUAACGAUAGUCAAGGUUCGGAAUACGACGAUGACUUAGGACCUGCUUCGUUACCAGAACCAGCAAUAACCAUCACUACUACACCUGCUCCGGUAAAAACAUCUACAGCAAAUAAUAACACUCCUAAUAUAAUUCAACAGAAAAUCGUUAUGAGACAAGCUAGUAAUCAAAUUACAGCUUCUCAAACCACAAGAACAAUCACUUGUGCACCUCAAACUAUUCGACCAACUGGACAACCACAAAAUUUAACUUUGCCAUCAUCCAUACCAUUACCAUUUCUGAUUCUGAAUAAUCUAAAACCGGCUCAAACUGGUCUAGGCAAUCAAAAUAUUUCGAAUUCAGACGGCCCACCUCCGAAUAAACGGAAGAAAGAUUCAAUGGAUGACAAUGGGUAUGGCAACGCUCUACAUCAACUCAUAGAUAUCCAAAAGCAACUUUUAGAUGUUGAUAAGCAGCGCUUAGAAGUAGAAAAACAACGUUUAGAAUUUGAUCGAGUAGUUGGUUCUCAGCUGAUGACCUUAGUUCCAAUGAUGGGGAGUUUAAUUCAAAGAUUGGUCUUUCCACAAACAGAUGCCAUGAACAAAAACUUUGAUAUAGAUCAGCAAUCGGAAGAAAAUCUUGAUAAUAAUGGUGAAAUGCAAGAAUUGAAUGAUUCACCAGAUGAGGCCACAGUUCAACGUACUCAACAACAUGCUGAUGAUGAAUUAGAGAAGAAUAGAAAUAUUUUACGUAAUUUAUUAAAUCAAGGAUUAAAGGCACGUAUGAUGGAGGAUCAAAGAAAAGAAGCUGAACAACAGCAAGCAGAAAUUGAAGCAGCUGAAAAUGACCGGAUUGCAGGUGAAAAUGAUGUAGAUAAUGAAAUUGAAGACAAUAAUGUAGAACAAACUAUAGAGAAAGAUAAAUCAAGCGAAGAAGAACUGAAUAAUAGUGUAACUGAGGAAAAUGAAAAUGUUGAACAUACGGUAGCAGAUGAAGAUAUUAAUGAAAAUGAUGAUAAUGAAAGUGUUUGUAGUGUUUUGUUAAUUAAUGAAAAUUCAGCGGGUACAAAUGAUGAACAUAAUGACGAAUAGAUUAUAAGUAUUUAUUUAAUUUAAUUAAAUCAAUAAUUUUCACGCAAGU